AUGGAUUCAAGCAGCUCUGAAGAUUCCUUGAAUUAUUUAGAAGAAUCAAGUGAAGAAAGCAAUGAGAAAUACUAUUAUCAGCCACUCAGUACACCAGAGCUAGCGAGAGAUGAAGAGCGAAAAGAAAGAAAUAAGCGCAGUAAAUCCCUUAAAGAAGGAACACAAAAAAUUAUGGAAAACCGUACAAGAACUUGAUUGAAAAAGCAUGGUAAAAAAAAUUAUAUUGAUUUUGAUGAGAAAAUGAGGAAUGAAUUAAGGAAAUAUUUUCUUUCAAUGGAUGAAGAUGGAUCAGGAAGCAUUGGCGUUGAAGAAUUAAUGGAGCCUAUGCUAGCUUUAGGGCUUGCUGAAAAUAAAGAACAAGUGCAAACUCUGUUUAAUCAGGUUGAUAAAGAUCAUUCAGGAGAAAUUGAAUUUAAUGAAUUUUUGUCAAUUGUUAGAAGAGGGGAACAUAACUCGCCUAUCGGGAAUUUUUUCCAGGGAAUUACAUCAGGGAAAAUAAUGCCCGGGUCAAAGAAUUUACCGUUUAAGUUGGUCGUGAGCAAUUAUAGGAGGAAAAUGAUAAUGGAAGCUGUAAUGGGAAACGAUUUGAGUAGAAAAGUAAAAGGUGAAAGAAUCAUGAAGGCAACAGCAAAACUGUUAGAGGCUGAAACUGAAAAACUAAGAACACAACACCCUGAGUAUAUGAAAAGGAAAACUAUGAUUGAAAUAAAUAGAAUGCAGAAAAAACAAUAA